AGAGAGAGAGAGAGUGUGUAUGUGUGAGUGUAUUUGGUGAGUGUUGGAUGUCAGAGGCUGGCCCUGUGUCAGCAUUACAAAUGUACGGGGAGUCAAAUCAAGAAGAUAUUGGAAGAGCCAACGCUGAGAACAUCAGAGCUGACGUAGACGUCUGUGCAGAGUGCAGUUUGUGAAAUCAGAAGUGGAGAUGAGAGAGUGGAUGGAUCCUGAGAUGGGCAUGAUGACCGGAGGCUACCUCUCUGGAGCAGAUGCUUACGGCAUGGCAGAACCGCAGUACUAUGAUGUGCUGGUGGAUCCGUUGGGAUAUUCAUACCAGGACCUUGAUCUACAGGCUUUUCCCUACAGCCAGCAGCACUACAAUCCAACAAACGUGCAAGUCUCUGUGUAUGGACCCCCCAGCUCUCAACCGUGUAACCCAGCAUACCCGUACAGCCCGCAGUGUCUGGAGCCUCCGUGUCCAGCAGACGUGGAGCUGCACGAGCAAGUGAGAGGAGGUAUGGGUACGACACCGGGCAUGAAGAGACCUCGGCUGGGGCCUGGAGCUAGGGUCAGGGGUCAGGAUGAACUCUGCGUGGUGUGUGGGGACAAAGCUUCAGGAUACCACUACAAUGCUCUGACCUGUGAAGGCUGCAAAGGCUUCUUCAGGCGCAGCGUCACCAAGAAGGCUGUGUAUCGGUGCAAGAGUGGUGGCAGCUGCGAGAUGGACAUGUACAUGCGUCGCAAGUGCCAAGACUGCCGACUGCGCAAGUGUCGAGCUGUCGGCAUGCUAGCCGAGUGUCUGCUGACUGAGGUACAAUGCCAGUCAAAGAGGUUAAGAAAGGGGGCCAAGCACCGAGGCGACUCACUUUCGGUGCUCACCGCUGAGGAUGAGGAAAGCAAUGAAAGCAGAAAUGUGUCCUCUACCAGUAGACUACCUGCACCAGCACGGGUGCCAUCAGGAUUGUCCAGAGAGCAGAAAUGUGUCCUGAACAGAAUUGUGGAAGCUUAUCGUCGGUACAGAGCUCAGGAUGGCACUCGUGUCCGGGUGUCCCAAGGAUCCUGUUUACAAGAUGGUACUGAUCGGUUGACCGACUUGACCCCUCUAGAAAUAGAUAGACUUCUGCAGUUCUCAAAGAGCAUACCUGGGUUUGAGCUCUUGGAUAGUGCUGAUCAAAGCAUUCUUCUCUCCAGCUCGUCUGUGGAGGUCAUGUUCCUGCUCUUGGCUCAACAGUUUACUGAGAAUCCGUCCCUGUACACCUCAUCUCUGUAUCCUGGCAAUGUGAGUGACUCCAGUCACAGCUGGGUGAAAACCUCACAGUCUAAGACCAACAGUCAUGAGAUGCUAUUAAACUCAGGAAUGAGUGAGGAACUCUUGGGGCCUGUGCUGAAUUUCUUCCACAGUAUGGCAGCCAUCGCAGUGACGGAUGCUGAAUACGCUCUUCUCGUUGCUACUUCAGUGCUGUGCUCAGACAGACCAUAUCUGUGUGCAGUGAGCUGUGUAGAGAACCUGCAGGAAUUUAUUCUGGAGCUGCUUUCCAAAGUGUGCAGGAACGGGCAGGGUACGACUCACGGGCCAUGCCGUUUCGCCAGGCUGCUUGGCCGGCUAACAGAGCUGAGGACGCUGCACCACAACCACCUCACACUCCGACCGCAGCAGAUCUGGGACAUGCAGCAUUGAGACACACUGAUCAGGAAGACAGAGGACUACAUGGUUCGUACUUGGUCCUUCACCCGAGAUAUUCAACCUGAAAAUGGGGGAAUUCCAUCCAUCAAUUUUCUAUACAGCUUUAUCCUUCUUCAGGGUCACGGGGAAACCUGGAGCCUAUCCCAGGGAGCAUGGGGCACGAGGCGGGGUACACCCUGGACAGGGUGCCAAUCUAUCGCAGGGCACAAUCACAUACACACACUCACACACCCAUUCAUACACUACGGACACUUUGGACACGCCAAUCAGCCUACCAUGCAUGUCUUUGGACUGGGGGAGGAAACCGGAGUACCCGGAGGAAACCCCUGCAGCACGGGGCCAUGGUGGGAAUCGAACCCCCAACCCUGGAGGUGUGAGACGUGUUAACCACUAUAUGGACAUUUAUACGGAUAGCAAACGCCUCCUUGAGUCUUUACUCCAUUUCUCCAAUUACAGCAACGCCCCAGAGUAUGGCUUAGGACUGUUCUUAGACAUGGUUGCAUUUCAGUGUGGCAUGACUCAACACAUUGAUGAAGAGAAAGCAACACAAGAGCAAUACAGCACCAAUGAAGGCUUUGUUUUUCAGUGUGGUACAUGUCCUACAUGCCGAUAACGUAAAUCAGGGCCAUUUGUGUAUUUUAUUUCAUGU